AUGGCAUUCACUCAGGACGUAUUCGACCAUAUGGUUAAACACAUGUACCAUGGACGAUAUGGGCAUGAUAUCAUAUGCCGUUUGAAAGUUGUUGAUGAGAGAGAGAACGGAACUCCCAACUUGAUUUCCUUUCAAACCGUCGUUGAUCAAUCCAUGCUAAACCCAUUGAAUACGUUGCAUGGUGGUGCAUGUGCCAUAUUGGCAGAUGUAUGCACAUCGUUCGCAUUAGCAGCAUGCAAUCCAGAGGCAUUCAUGUCAACAACAGUGGAUCUGCACCUUCAGUUUCUAUCAAGCGCAGUACUUGGAGAUACAAUCCAGGUACAAUGUACUACUAGUAAAGUAGGUUCACGAAUGGCAUAUCUGCAAUUCACCAUCCUAAACCUAGGCAAUCAUCAUAAUGCUACAGUUGAAAAGGGUGCAGAAUCGUCCCCACCAAAAGUCAUGGCAGUUGGCACCCACACCAAAUAUAUUCUAAAAUCCUCGCUUUAUCAAAGUUUCAACUGCCUUGGGAUUUAA